AUGGCCGCAUUGCAGCGAUCGUAUGCAGCACCGUUCGAAGAUUCGCGCAGCGCUGGCGCCGAAGGGAAGCGUUAUGCGACAAGUAUUGCUGAGAUACUUAGUAGCCGAGCAACCGCGCUUGAUCCGGAGGUUCGACUAGCAUUUUGCAAGGCGUUAGUCACGUUGCGCAAUCGGAAAAUUAUCGAUGCGUUGGCUGUACUCGAUUUGUUUUUCACCCUCAUCCCGUGCGAAGAUAAAGUUUUAAGAAAAUUUAUAUGUGGUUCCAUAAAUGCGUUGCUGAAGAAGCUGGCGUUACAGCAACGGGAUCGGAAAUUGUUGUCGGAAGUUCAAGCUCUUUUGUUUACGAAACUGAAGGAGUCAAGACGCGUGGUGGUGCGUGUAGCCGAACUGGCAUUAAUUGAUGGAUUUCGGAAGGGCUUCUUGAGGGAUGCUAAAACAGCGAAUGCUUUGGCUGAGUGCUGCUUUCACAGGGCCUCUCGCAUUCUCAUAACUGCGAUGCGAUUCUUUCUGGGUACAAUGGAGGAUGAAAGAUCAGAUUUAGAGAGCGACGGCAGUGAGCGCGAAGACGAGGAUCAGAAAACCCUGAAAGAGGUGGUUAUGGCCUAUCGAGCCGUAAAAAAGACACGCAAAAAAAAGAAGUGUUUCGAGAAAGCAAAAAAGAUGCUUCACAAAGAAAAGAAAUCGAGGAGAGAAAAUGCUGGGAAAUGUUGCAACUUGCUGGCAAUCCAGUUCAUCUACGAUCCGCAGACGUUCGUCGAGCGUUUGUUUGGCCAGCUGGAUGGCAGAAGAAGCGAGAAAUUCGAAACACGUUUGCUGCACAUGGCGCUUUGCGCACGCAUGAUUGGCGUUACCAGGAUAUUGCUGUAUGCGGCGCAGGCUUGCCACGAACUGAUACCACCGGAUAUUAUUCACCAACUAGUCUACGUUAUUGCGCAGAACUUUGUUUCGGACCGGAACUCAGCUGAAGCAAUGACUGUCGGAUUAAACACAAUCCGGGAAAUAUUCUACAAACGCUACAAAAACAAGAAUGUAUCGAUGGCGGCGCGUGCGAUUAUAACGCUGUUUCGUGCUGUUAAUCCAAAAUUGUUGCACAGGAAGGAUCGCGGCAGGCCUUCGGAGGCAGUGAAGAACGUGAAAGUUUAUGAAUUUGGUAUGGAAAAGGCGAGGGACUUCGUAGAAGGAGCUGAGUGCUUACCUGAGGAGGUGGAUACAGAUCCAGAACAUGAGCUGUCUCAUCGUGCAGGUAUCUUCACCUCAGAAGCUGCAGCAAUACAUUUUAAAGGAAUUAUGCUUCAGGAUGAUGAAAAGCGCAGAAAUGUUGAGAGUUGCGAGAAAGCGAAAAAAAUUUGUGAAACAAGGAUACUAACGCAAGAAGAUUUUCGUAAAAUCAACGCGUUUCGUUUAAAAAAAUGCAUGACAAACGCUGGCAAACGAAAAAAUGAUGAUAUUAAAUUGGACGAAGAACUGGAAGAAAAAAUUGCCAGAUAUGUGGGUCCAUUCAGGCAGAAUGAAGAAAGUGGUCUUCCCAGAUUGAAGGACAUUGAGAAUUUCCACAAAAAGUUGCAUAAAGAGACUAAAGAACAACGAAUGGAAGCCAUCAGAAGAGGUCGCGAAGGACGCCAAGACUACGGAAAGCCGAAAAAGCGGGGCGUCCACGUUGGUCACACGAAUCGCGAAAUGGCCAAAUGGAAGAAUUUUCAAAUGGUGAGACCGAAGCCAAGAGGCAAGAAUCGCAUGAGGAGUUUUAAGGAUCGUCAGAAGAGCUUGGGUAAAUAUCUGCUGCGUCAGGCGGGUGGAAAAGUCUAA